GCGACACAGUGCUCUUCCUUCCUCUCGAGGCCUCAUAGCACACCGCUCAAAGCUCUCAGUCGGUACAUCAGCCCCCAGCAGAUACGCAGGAACCCCCAACAAAGGGCCCGAACCCGCACUAAAGCAACAGCAAAACAGCCAUGCGCCAGCGCACCCGCAGCGUCGUGAACGUGCGCGAGUACUUCCGCGCGGACGGCAGCGACGACGAGGACGCCGAGGACUGGAUGGCCAUCGCCAUGCAGGGCGCGCCGCCCCGCAAGCCUCGCACCGUCGGCGUGGACGCGCUCAAGCCCAAGAAGGCGCGCGCGCGCACGUCGACGUGCGACUCGCUGGCCGAGACGGACGACGACACGGACGACGAGGAGGACGACGGCAUCCUGCGCGUCCGCGCGUGCAGCCACGACCGGCGCAUCAGCUUCGACGACGACGUCAACGUGGUGGAGAUCCCCGCGCGCUCGAGCUUCGACGCCGACUACAAGCGCCGCGUCUGGUACUCGCAGGACGAGCUGCGCCGCAGCCAGGAGUGCUGCUAGGCGGCGCAGACGACGCAAGAAAAGCAAACGACGCAACCCCCUCGCGGGCCUGGAGGAGAUGGAACUCCUCUUCUUCCUCUUGGCGACGUGGUGGCCCGGAC